AUGGAGCUGGCGAAGCGGCAACAGGUGAAGGUGGUGGAGGCCGUCGCGUCCGUGCUGGCGGGCUGCGACUUUGUGUGGGUCAGCCAAGUGGUGAAAACCGCCCGCGUGCCCAUCGCCAAGCUCAUCGACAAGAAGACGGGCACUGAAGUGGACGUCAACUGCGCCAACGUCUUGGGCUUGGUCAACACGCGUCUGAUCCGCACCUACACUAAAGUGGACGAUCGAUUCAGACAUCUUGGGUUCUUGGUGAAGCUGUGGGCCAAGGCGUGCAAUCUGAACGAUGCAUCGAUGGGCACGCUGUCGUCUUAUGCGUGGCUCAUCAUGACAAUUCACUACCUGCAACGAUGUGACCCACCUGUGCUUCCAAACCUCCAAGACCGUCGGAUCAAAGGCCCGCCGCGCCGAUAUCACGGCUUUGACUGCGCCUACUGUUCAGACCUCUCCAAGCUGCAAGAGGUGUGGAAGUCGCGCAACACCCAGUCCAUCGGGGAGCUGUACUACGGGUUCUUCGACUACUACUGCGGGUUCGACUUUGACCGUGACAUCAUCACGUGCCACACCACCAAGCGCAAACCAAAAGCCGCAGAGAAGAGGUGGUCACGAAACUACGCCGCCCGACCCAUGGCCAUCCAAGAUCCCAUUGAGAAGUCGCACAACUUGGGCAAAGGCAUUUCACGGCUAGGUGUCGCUGUCGCCCACCAACACGACCGCCAUGCAUACGACCACCACGAAUUCCGCCACGGCCGCCGCACGAACCAUUACGAGCGCCGCAACAGCCGACUCAAGCCCCUCCUCGACCAGUUCCGCCACCUCGACUAA